AGUCAAGUGGAGUGAAUUGAAUUGAAGUCAGAAAUGGAGAAGAUACUGAUCUCAUUGUUGGUGUUCGCACUCGCUGUCACCUAUCCGAAUGUUGUUCACUGUGACAAGGGUGACGCUGCCGCUGUUGCUGCCGGCGCCGCCGCACCCAGUGGUGGAGCUGACGCGGCUAAACCUGCCACCGCAGCUCCCGCUCCUGCUGCUGCUCCAGCAGCCCCUGCUGGUAAGAAGGACGCCUCUCCAAAGAAGGCUGCAGCCCCCACUGCCGCCACCGCCGCCAAACCACGAAGUGCACCAGUGAAGAAGCCAUCAGCUGGAAGUAAAUCACCGUCGAAGCCAUAUCAUCGUUACCGUGCACCGAAUGCAGGAAAGCCUAGAAGAGACUGGAGAUCUCGAUAUGGUAUGAACUAACUCUGAGUGAUGGAGGACAUGAUGAAUUCAACGCAUGGAUGCAUUCAUGCAUGAUACUCAGUCAAUUGCAACACUUUCACUGCUGAAUAUCAAUAAUAUUAUUAUUACUUUUCUGUUGACUCACUAUUGAAUAUACUUUUCAAAU